AGACGAGGCCGACGUCAUGACGCAAUGAAGGGGCGACGAAAGCUCGGAUUGUUUCUCCAAAUCGUGGCCAGACGGAACCCAGGUUGAUAUUUUUACAGGCAAGGAGGCAGUGCUGCUGUGACCCCGGAGAGCCGUCUCAUCUUGAUUCCUGUUGUCGAAAUUAUUUUGUCCACUAAUGUAUGGAGGAAAGUGUGAGAUGUAAACGUUGGAGCUAUCCACUUUAUUUGUAAGCAAGCAAGCUGAAAGGGAGGAGACGGUAGCAGUGCAUAGAGAGAGCAUUGGGGAUGGGGUUAAAGAGCCAAAGGCGGACGUCAUGGUUCACAGCAGCUCUACUUCCCCAAUGACAACACCAUCUGCCUCGCUUCACCUGACUGUUUGUUCUAAAGCACCUCUUUCGGUGUCGUGUCCCAGAGGUGCUACAGAACAGGACCUAAGCCAAACCUCCACAGACCCAACUUCCCAUUCAGAACUACCACAGCCUCUUACUCAGACUCCUGCUGAGCCUCAUCACCAUGUUGCUACCGCAACAAGAGCGUUGAGCACCAAGUCAAGUUCGGCAUCCAGCAGCCCCAACACACCCGCAGCAAUCUCUGCUCAGGACCAACUCAAUGGCCGUAGAUCAGGCAGGAAAAGGACUCCUAAGGCCUGUGAUUGUUGUGGCCCCAACAGUAGGGGACACAAUGUGGAAACUCCAGGCAGAGGCAGGGGACAUGGAAGGGGAAGAGGUAGAGGUAGAGGGAGGGGAGCAAGCAGAGACUUUGGUGACACCCCUGCAAGAAAGCCACUGCAGUUGACAGGAGUGAGGAACAUUAAUUUAAGUGGAGAAAAUAUACAGGAAUCAGAAGAUGAAGACGAUAGACUGGGGAAUUUUCAGAGCUUUGAUACACAGUCACAAAGCCCUGCCACCAAGGCGGUUCCACCAAUAACACAAGAUGGACCAAAAAAUAACUGUGCUGCUCAAACAAAUGGAGCUGCGCUGAAAAUGGAAGACAUCUUGAUGGCACCGUCAGGUUUUGCUGUUGCAGUACACGAGGAAAGUGUUGAUAAAAAGGAUGUGGACCCAACGGUUUUAGGACCAGUACAUGAGGAACCGGUAGUGGCCAGAGGUCGAGGUAGGGGAGCAGGAAUGGGAAGAGGUCGAGGUAGGGGAGCAGUGACGGCGAGAGGUCGAGGCAGAGGAAGAGGCGUUGACAAAGGUCAAGACAGUGAACAAGAGAAAAUGGAAGGUAUUCAAAUAAGCAGCAAAGUUAAAGAUUAUGUCACAUGUUUGAGAACAGGUGCCUUAGCUGAGUCAGUGCUGGUGGAAGAACCAGAGAAGAUGCAUGAUGUACAGACAGACCACGAACACCAAAAAAACUCUACUUCAGGUAAAUUCCCUAUUGAAAACGGAGAAUUGGUACACUUGUCUGACUCGGAGGACGAGAUGGAGGAGGAUGCCAUUAUUGUGGCAGAACUUGGCGAUGGGGUGCUGACCAUCCCACGGAAAUCUGCUACAAGGUCUGAGAUUUCUGGAGACCUGGACUCUGAGAUGCAGGUGGACCAAACGCAUGAUGGGAUAGAGCAGGUUUCUGUACCAGUACCUUUGCCUAAUGGAAACGUUGCCUCACAAAGAAACCAUGACCUAACGUCCUCACCAGUGGAGGUGAAAAUGUCUAGCUCCACUGGGCUUGCCUCGUUAUACCCGAUAAGUGUUAGUCUGGAGCACUCCUGGGCAUUAAGAGACCACAGACUGUACUGUCAUCCUUGUUCAUGGGUGAAAGACGAAAUGGAUGACAUGUUGCCGAACGACCAGGCAGAAGAUAAAAUGAUGGACACAGAUAUUCAGAAUCAAGAGAGCCUGGAGCAGCUUAAAGACGCUAUUCACGAGUUUCUGGAGAGCUUCUACAUAAAAUAUGGCAGCUUCAUUCCUCUUUCUGAAUCUGAUGUCCUAGAACACCUGAAAAAGACAAGCAACUCUGAUCUCAGCAGCAGUGAAGUGGACAUUAAAGCAGAGAUGAGCCGAUACAGGGCUGGCCUGGCGUCUGCUCCCGUUGCAGGCUUCAUGGUCACGUAUAAUAAACACAAUCUGAGGCUGGAGGACCUCGGCACCCUGGAGGAUCAGAACUGGCUCAAUGAUCAGAUUAUUAACAUGUAUGGAGAACUCAUUAUGGAUGUAGCAGAGCAGAAGGUUCACUUUUUCAACAGCUUUUUCUACAAGCAGCUGGUUGCCAAAGGUUAUGAGGGUGUGAAGAGAUGGACCAAAAAAGUUGACUUGUUCUCCAAAUGGUUGUUGUUGAUUCCCAUCCAUUUAGAAAUCCACUGGUCUCUCAUCGCAAUCACAAUGGCAACCAAAACCAUCAACUACUACGACAGCCAAGGCAUUGUCUUCAGACACACCACAAAUAACAUUAUGAAGUAUCUUCAGUCUGAAGCCAGAGAGAAAAAGCAGGCAGCUUUCCAGAAGGGCUGGAAGAUCGCCAUCAUCAAGGGUAUCCCACAGCAAAAAAAUGACAGCGACUGUGGCGUUUUUGUCCUUGAGUACUGCCGCCGUCUCUCUGUGAAGCAGCCGCUGCUGUUCAGCCAGAACAACAUGCCUCAAAUCCGAAAGAGAAUCUACAAGGAGCUCUGCGACCGUCGUCUCAACGACUGAACGGCUGCCUUCACCCGCUGUGUGCUUGGCUGGUCGCACGAGGCUGCCUGUCCUGUUCUUUCACGUGACGUUUUGACUGACUGUCGGGCUACAUAAGCUAACACAGCUUGGCCAUCUGUAUUUUCAGGGAGUCCUUACUGCCAUCUGCUUCUGUAAUUGACAAGCAGAGCGGUUUUUGCUGACUUCUGGUGACUUUUGGGAGGUGAAAAGUCGGUCUGUAUUUAAGCUGAUUAUUUUCUUCCUUUUUUUUUUUUUUUUUUUUGCAAACUUGCAAAGAGCUACUGAAGUGGCCCCCUACUGACCCUUGGAAAAAGCCUGAAGUGUCAAUAUGAGGUGCUGUUUCAGGAAUUUACACAGUAAGUUCAUUCUGCUUCUUACACUUACCACUCUGAGAGGAUUUUAUGGCCUAAAAGAUCAGAACAAAGUACUGACUUUGACUGAAGUAACUGUUACGCCGACCUGUACCAUGUGGAUGGACAUUUCAUCCUAAAACGGAGUGGCCUUGCCUCCCAGAAGUCCAUUUUAAACGGAGUUUAACAGUUCAUUUUGUGCUGGACUUCACAGCUCUAGUAUGUGUUCAGUUAAUAUGCAUAUUUUAUAACAUAUUUUAAAAUCUAGCAUUAGCGAUACAGUGGAACAGCUGUUCGCCUAAAACUUGAAGGGUUUAGAGUCGAUGUUGUUAUUGUGGACUUUAAAUUGCACAGAUUAAUUGAAGUCUGGAAUAUAAACUGAAUGUUCCAAUCAUAUUCUCUUUUUUUCCAUCUUACAGGAUGAUAAUGGCUUCAAAACUGGGAUCACAUUUUUGUUUGGUUUUACUGCAAUAUAUUUCCAAAUAAAAUUCCAGUUUUUUGAGCACAUUACUUUUUUUUUCCUUUUGCUGUUGCCACGUAUUUAUAUAAUGUUUUAAAUAUUUUCCAGCAUUUAAGUUAAGCACAUUUUACAAGUUCAAGAUUCUUUUAGGCAGGUUUGCAAAUCAUUUUAAGAUGUACAUCUAACGUUUUUACUGAGCUCCUUAAGGGCUCCUGGUCACACACAGAUAUGGAAAGCAUUUACUCCACCAAUAAAGUUCACCUCAGCGACAUUGAUUAAUUUCUACUAACAAAGCUGAAUUUUGCAGUUAUGUUUACCAGCAGUUCUGCUCAGAAAGAUCCAUCCAUUUCUCAUGGGCAUGAGUGGAUGGAAAUGAUUAAGUUUUGGUUUUUAAUUAUAUUUUUGAACCAUUCUUUGCCUUUUGUGGAAUGACCAAAACAAUUCCCAAUGAUUCUUAUUAAAAAAAGGAGAUUUUGGUGUGCAAGUUUGAAUUUUUUCACAUAUUUGUAUGAAUGAAUUUGGGGCAAAAUCAUACAUACAUACCCUGACAUAAACACUUAAAUGUGGUUAAAUGUUUGCACCCAUCACCAGGCUUCUGGAAUAAUUCUGUCUGGAUAUUUGUACAUUUCUUAUUCCGUUAUUUUUAUGGGAGCGACCCGGGUUUAAAGCAUAGUCCAUGCAUUUCCAAAGAGCUGAGAUCUGGGCUGUGGCAACGACGUCUGCUUUAUCCUGCAUUUUUGGCUCCACCUGUUGGGCAUUACCUGUUUGUGUUUUUUACCGCCAUUGGUUUAAUCUUAGGUUUAACUCCUCAACUUGACUGUUUCAAACAUUAGUAACUUUGUUGUCUGUCAAAAUAAAGUGUUGCUCGUCACUGUUUGCAAACUCUUUUUCUUGGUCAACAAUUUCUCAGUCUGGUCAAAUAAAAGUCAGUGGAGAUUGGGCUGAGGUGGUUCUGAUCCAGGAGCUUCCAGUUAAUGACUGGCUUGAUAGUUGGGUUGGUCAUGAACAUCCUAAUCAAUUCCCUCUCAUCUGUGUGGGAAAGUUUGUGUCAUAUAGUUGAAACCUGGUGUUCCUACAGGUCAAUGACUUCCAGCUUCCAUCAAGAUGCACCAAAACUAGUUGUGGUAUGAGUUAAGCUUUCUAACACCAAGACUCUGAAAAGCUCAGCUUUACUAACAAUUUGUGGCUUAUGGCUGGCUGCCAGGUCUGUGCAAAGAAACAAAUCCCUUUAAAUAAACUCUUCCAAUCCAUUCAGAUUUAUCCCAGAAGCUACGAAAAGCCUGUGGCUAAGGUGCAAGGUGCUAUGGCUGUUUCAGCCAAAUAGUUUCUGUGUAUACUUGAGCCCGUUUGUCUCAUUUUCACAUGUAAGUUAGAGAAGAUUUGUGAUAAAUGUAAACUUGUCCAGCCAAAUCUACUUUUAAAAAGUUAUUGAAGUUGCUUUCCGGUUGUUAAAGCAUGAAUGAACAAUGGUUUAAAUUUAUCUUUCAAAGACCAAAAUUGGUUUGAAAUUCAUGCCGAGAAUGAGCGCAUUUUAAGCUUCUCUCCAGAACUGUGUGUAUAUUUACGAGCUGUACCUUGAUUGACCUCCUGCAAUGUUUGCUUGCUUUGGCUAAAACCCCCAAUGUUGUAUUUUUUCCCAGUUGUUUUUAUAGUUGUCAUUAAAAGUCCAAUUAUGCUGGA